AGGAAGAGAGGCCGAGAGAGGAAAGGAAGAGAGGCCAAGAGAGGAAAGGAAGAGAGGCCGAAAGAGGAAAGGAAGAGAGGCCAAGAGAGAGGAGGAUAAGAGCGGAAGAAAAUAGGAUAAGACGAUAAACAGAGGAAUAGGAAAGCCCACGGUACGGCGAAGGCAAGCGAAAAGGCCUUCGCUAUUUUCGUGUGUUUGGAAGAUCAAGGAAAGAAGGAAAACGAAGAUAGGGUAAAGAUGUUGGAGGAAAGGUAAAGAAAAAAAAAGAGAAGAGAAGAAAGAAGAAAAGAAAGAAAAAAUAUGUAAGUGGGGGAUAAACAAAGGAAAAUGAGCAAGAGAAGAUAAGGACAUGACAGGAAGGGAAAAGGGAAAUGGAGAAAUGAGAACACGUGGCAUAGAUUCAACCGAACAGACGCAGAAGAGAAGAUAAUAGGACGGAGAACAGGUGAAGAAGGGGAAAGGAGAAUGAGGAAAGGCGAAACAACGGAACGAGUUGCAUGUUAAUUUAGUUAUAUCUUAUCUUGUCAUUAUUUUCAUGUGAAAGUUUGAUGUGCUUUUAGAUACUUCGACUUGAAGCUUGUUAACUGGCGCAGAUGUGUUUUUUUUUUUUUUUUUUUUUUCAAAGCAUUAAUUGCCGUUUGAUCUUUGGAAAUCAUUAAUGAUGCAUAUUUUCGUAAUUAUUUAAGUCUUCUUUUUAUUUACGAGGAAAGAAUAUCGGUUUUCUUUCUUUCUUUUUUCGUUUCUAUCAAAGAAUGUAAAAUUUGCAAAAGUAGAAUUCAAUGAUCAAUUGAAAUAAAAGCAUAUUCUGAUGUUUACCAAUUCAGUGCAUCGCAAUAUUUUACAAAAAAUGAAACUCUUUGGUCUGUGAAAUAGAUUCUCACAAUAAAACAAUGGUUUUCCUAACAGUGUAUGUCGUUUUAACAAUAUUAUUGACCUCUACAGUAGAUGGCUUAUAACCUUCUGUAGGAAAAUCAUAACAGCAAAAACAGUCAGUUAACAGAAUAUGGAAAACGCGGAUUUUUUGUUGUUGUAAUGCGAGAAAUCCACUUCUCUAGUUAAUUCGGUCGACACUUCCAUCCAUAAAUUACUUCUUAGUAUGUCAGCCAAUAAUCAAGAUCAUAUUUUCCAGAUAAAAUCGAUAAUGACUCCUUGAAACGCACGGAUAACACAGAAGAACCACUAAUUUCCUUCAGAUAAAGAGAGCAUUUCUGAAGGUCCACGACCACAAGACAAUGGAAGGGACGCUCAGCCACUGUCAGUUUCUUUGUCUCUUACAAACGAAAAUUGUCAUGUUAAUGGGAUUUGGUAAUGAACAUGAGAUUUACGUUGGCAUGCGUGUGAAUUGAUAUUCUAAUUGGUUACUUAUUCAGGUGUUUUACGUAUUACUACUAAAAGCGAAAAGCUGCGCGAGUUCCAUCUGUGGUUCAGUGCAGGUGAAGAGUUAACAUGACAUGGACCAACGGCGCCAGAAGGGGUCUGCUGGUCCUGAUAUCGGCGGCGGUUAUCUCCCUCUUGGUUACGUACAGUCAGGACGUCCAGAGGUUUUUGCCGCUCGAAGCAAUAGUCCAAGGCGACGCAACAGACGCACUGACCGAGGGGGAGGUUAAACCAAGUGCAAGACCCGGAGAGGAAGCAACAGUUGCAACGGCCGAGAAGAACGCAGAAAGAAAUGCUCAUGCCGAAAAAAACAUGAAAGAAGUAGCAACAUUUACUGCGACGUACGAACCGACAACGGCCGAUCCGGUGUCGCGAGUGAGGGCGCGGGAGAAGAGCGGAGUCGAGGGCGCCUCCUCCUUCGGAUACGCGACCCUUGCUGCAGGGGAGAGGUUCGAGUCUCUGAACGCCCGGAGGAAGGCGCAUUUGCUGGACAGAUGCCACGCGUUGGAACAAGCCCAGAGGAUGCCUUUCGCGAGAGGGAAUAGGAUUAUAAACGUAAAACCGGUCCUACAGGUUUGCGUAUCGCCGAAGAGCGGCUCGUCAUCGUGGCGGAAACUCAAGAAGCAGCUGCGGGCGAGGAGGUUGGUGUCGCGACGCCCCCUGACUGCCCUGAGCGUCAGGCAUCCGCUGGCUCGUCUCAAGUCGGCUUACAGAGACAAGUUCCUCAACGGCAACCCCGUCUCAAAAUACGACUCAACCUGGAGAGCGAAAACGCAGAGCAAGCAGAGCUGGAAGUACCGCUGGAAGGCUUACUGGCUGCCUGCGCUGAUCUCCCGGGGCGACAUCCAGCCCUCACCGUGGCUUAGGGACCGCCAAAAGAAGAUGCUGAGAGUCUCAAACCCUUGCAUGCAGACGCUGUUCUCUACCCACAGCCUUGCCAACAAAAUGGGCCUGGAGUACCGGUCUCAAAUGGGCACCUACGUUCAGCGCUUCAUGAAAGCCUCCUUCAGCUUCGAGGACUUUCUGCGUCACAUAUUGUGGUGUCGAGACCACGGGAUCAUGGAUAACCACUGGGCGCCCCAGGAAUUAAACCAAGUAUUUAUAUCAACACUCGGCAUAGUACCAAAUCAGUCAACAAUAAUUCUAAAGCCUCCUAUUUUGACAGCGUUAACAAUAAUACAUUGUGGGAAAUACUUAAGCUUUACAAGAAUGACUUUGACCUUUUUGGCUAUGAGCUCUGAUUCCGGCAUGAUUGGUUUUAUAAUUUAAUAUAUUAAGGGAUUUUUACUUUAAGGCUGUGGUGUUAAGUCCUAAAAUCCUAAUUCUUUCCUGAUUGGGCUUUGAUCUCGUGCAUGGAAAAAGUUAUUCCCCAAAGUUCUUUAUAUAAACCGCAUGGAAGGUAAUGGUUCAGUGUUUUAUAAAUUACUUUAUGGAAAUUUUUCCUAUAAUUGCCUGCCUAUACACACACUCACUCACUCACUCACUCACUCACUCACUCUCUCUCUCUCUCUCUCUCUCUCUCACACACACACACACACACACACACACACACACACACAC